GCACGCUUCGUAUACAUUUGAUUUAAAUACAAUGUAACAACUUCCGCGGCAACUGACAAAUUUACCUGCUCCUCGCGAUUUGUCCCAGACAACAAUAACUUUGUUUGGCAUUUCUCUUCGCAGAAGACAAGCGCAUAAACUGCACCAACUAUAAGAACUCGUGACAUUGAGUUCAACUUAACUAUAAACAACUGUUGCUGGCAAUACACAAAUAAUUUACUUUUUAAGUUUCGUUGCGCGUGUUUGGUAAAGCCAGAUUUCACAUAGUAGCCUAAAGAUGAAUGGCUGUUGGCCGACCAAAAUGUUCCCUUGGAUACAUGGGAAAAACAGUUAUUCAAGUAAAAUAAACAUAAGACUUAGUUUCUAUUAUAAAAUCGCACUGCCAGCAGUAUUGUCAUUGCCACAUCUACAGGACUGAUUAAUUAGGCUAGAGCAGGGUGGAAAGAUUACAUCAGCGUUUAAUCUUUCCCAAUGUUUGUUACAAGCCCAAUCGGCAACAAAAGCAGUAUGGAGCCUCUGACGUUUUAUCACGCUGCAGCUCCUGUGACUUCCUCUUCAUUUGGCCAACCAAGAAUACAGUAUUAUUAUUCUACACAGCAGAAGUUGUCCGGACUGAAGAUGGUGUGGAUACUACUUUUAAUGGCCUUCCUGACCACUGGGGCGGUCCAGUGUCAGAGAUCCUUGCUGAAAGACAAAAAAGGACUGGACCCAGAGGUCAACAUGAAUAUUAGUGAGAUCAUCAGGCAUUGGGGCUACCCAGCAGAGGAGCAUGAUGUCAUCACAGAAGACCUCUACAUCCUCAGUGUCAACAGGAUCCCACAUGGCCUGAAGGACAGUAAAGAUCCCAAGCCUGCAGUGUUCCUCCAGCACGGUCUCCUAGCUGCGGGGAGUAACUGGGUGACCAACCUGCCCAACACCAGCCUGGCUUACCUGUUAGCCGACGCUGGCUAUGACGUCUGGAUCGGCAACAGCAGGGGAAGCACCUGGUCCAGGAGACACCUCACACUCAGCCCUGACCACGACGAGUUCUGGCAGUUCAGUUAUGAUGAGAUGGCAAAGAAGGACCUGCCAGCAGUGGUCAACCACAUCCUGAAGACCACAGGCCAGGAGACGAUCUACUAUGUAGGCCACUCUCAGGGAACCACUAUUGCUUUUGUUGCAUUCUCUUCAAUGCCUGAGCUGGCAAGCAAAAUCAAGAUGUUCUUCGGCCUGGCACCAGUGACCACCGUGGCUUUUACUACCAGCCCCAUAACCAAGCUCUCCAUCUUCCCCGAUUACCUCAUUUGGGAUCUAUUUGGGAAGAGGGACUUCAUGCCUCAGAGUUCUCUCAUCAAGUGGUUUGCUACCAAAUUCUGCAGUAAGGAGCCUCAUAGUGAGCUGUGUGGAAACAUCUUCUUUGUCCUCUGUGGCUUUGAUGAGCUGAACCUCAACAUGACUCGCACACCUGUGUACAUCUCUCACUGCCCAGCAGGCACCUCAGUGCAGAACAUGAUUCACUGGUCUCAGGCGGUGCAUGUUGGAAAGCUGAUGGCGUAUGACUAUGGGAGAGCAGGGAACAUGGCUCACUAUAACCAGUCGACCCCUCCGUUGUACAACAUUCAGGACAUGAAGGUGCCUACGGCCCUGUGGUCCGGAGGUCACGACACACUUGCUGACCCUAAGGAUGUUGCUGUGCUGCUCACCCAGGUCUCCAACUUGGUGUACCACCGCCACAUCGAGCACUGGGAACACCUGGACUUCAUCUGGGGCCUGGACGCCCCCCAGGAGAUGUACAGUGAGAUAAUCAAACUGAUGAGCCAGCAGGACUUGGUGUAAACAGUGGAUAGACAGGGGGAUUUGGAUAAUUUUAGCCUCAACUCUCAUCCCAAUCGCUGAAGAGAUUUUAAUACUGUAUCUGACAUGUUUUGGGAGUCAUAUCAGAGUGCCUGGGUGCGAGUGUUUGUGCACUGUAUGUGUGUUUGUUACUAUAAGGGUGUGUAAGAGAGAGUAUUAACACGCAUGUGUGUGUUUGACUAAACCAUGAGGAAUAAUCAUUCACCUCUAAAUUGGGGUAGUGCAGUACACAAGCUGAGUUUAGGGUUAUGUGUGAGGAAUCAUCUUGUAUUAUUUUUUGUCUUACUUUACUACUGUCCUCUCUUCCACAACACUUGAAUGGAUUUUAAUCUGUGUUUUGAGAAUUUCCCAGGUUUGUAAAAACACAGAAGUACAUUUAGAUCCUGUUUAGAUCCUGUUGAAAUCCUGCUUGUAGGUUUAGAUGAAUAUAUCUCAGUCAUUGGUGCAAUAUCAUGGUUACUGUCCAGGGCCCAGUUCAACACCCAGUACCUCUCUCUUCAGGACUUGUGUUGGGUUGGUUUAUUUUGCUGUGCCUUUUUAGUCAUACAAAUUCAUUGUUUUGUUUGUUGACCACUAAUUUAGCUUAUUCCUGUGCUGUUGACUGUCUUUUUAUUAGCUACUUUCUCAAUGUAUUUUUAUUGGAUUUGAGGUGAUCUUGAGAAUGAAUUAGGAAGGGUGUUGACCAAAGAAUGACUGACUUGUUUGUUCAUUCAUGGUCUACUUAUGUUGUGUUAUAACACUUAUUUAUGCCGCCUUGUAACUAAUUGAGAAGACUACUCAAUAAAUCUCCAUUACAAAA